AUGGCGUCUCUUCAUCGCUCUCUGAUGUCCUCGUCGAUCAAAAUCUGCACUUCGUCGUCUUCUUUAUCGAAAAGAGCGCGACAACGAAGAGGAAGAGCGUUUGUCUCGCUCGACCAAUCUUUGGUGAGUUCUUCGGAUUCUUCUUCUCGUGAUGAUGAUGAGGAUUUUUCAUCGUCUCGGCGGCGGAAUCGGCUCGUAGGGAAAAAAGAGGAUUUUGCUUCGAGGAGGAGGAGGAGGAUAAAGACGCGAGCGAUGUCAUCGUCGUCAUCAAAUAAUAACGUUCGAAAUCCGCACCGAGCGAAACCAAACGUCCAAUAUUCCACGGUCGAGUUGACCUCAGAGUACGUUUUAGAGAAGAACUUUCACCCGAGUUACGACCACAGAAACGACCCUUUACGAGAAAACGACAGUCGAUUAAACUCGCUGGCGUUUCACCAUAAAAAUUUGGAGGAUGUGAUUGCGUUAUCAGAGACGAGAGGGAAGAACAUGGUGGCGCCGAUGACGACGCGGGUAAUUUUCCCGGAUUCUUACGACGAGACGAGGGCGACGCCGUACCCGAUGGUGAUUUGCGUUCCGGGCGAUCCGGGGUACGGCGUGGAUUACGAGGACGGGUAUUAUCACGCUUCGACAGAAGAUAUCGCCAGAGAAGGGAUGGUUAUGGCCUUGAGAGAUUUAGAGUAUCACAAUAAGAACGAUUGCAUCAUCGUUGAUUUGUGUUUCAACACGUACACGUGGAUGAACGACAGCUGUUCGAGAAACCACGAAUCGUAUCUCAUGAAUGUCGUUUUACCGGAAUUGUUAGGGUACGAGGCGACAAACGUCGGAAAGAUUUCCUUGAUUGGGUACGGGACGAGCGGGUAUGGCGUUUUAUCGUUGUUGUACAGACACCCGGACGUGUUUCACAGCUGUCGAGAAGUCGUCAGGAAAGAAUAUUUAGAGAGCUCGACGUACUCGUCCCCGAAAGGCUCGGAGAUGGAAGAGAUAACACCACCCGGGGAGAAACCAAAGAGUAAACAAACGAAAGAUCAAGAGGAUGAAGAAGACGAAGAGGCGAAAGAGGAGAAGAAGCGACGACGAAGUUUGCGGUAUUACGACGCGUUUCCAGAUUGCGGCGAGUCCUUCCCGGACGAACACAAAGUGUUGUUAUUAGCGCACGCGGAUAAGAACAUCGAAGCGUUUUCUGGAGACCCGCGAGUGGAACAGUACCCGCGGUUAGCUUUAAUCCCUAUGGUUGAGUACGGUAGAGAAGUCGAGUGGUUUUCCGAUGCCAUCUCCAACGUCACCACGCACGACGUGCUCACCGGCCACGAGGAGGAAGAAGCGUGCCAUGUCGGCCCGUGGUUAGCCACCGCGUUGGAUUGGUUGAGAGAAGAUUUAGGAGGAGGAUGA